ACUUGAAAUGUCGGCUGUCAAGCGGCUUUUCCUCAAUAUUGUCGUAUGCAUUGGUAUUGUCUGUAAUUUCUUUGGCGUUUUCUCACAAGCUUGGAUAACGGAUUAUGGAGGAAGCAUUGGAAUUGUUCCAUUUUAUUCGACUGAAGUUGGAUGGUAUGCCUUAGCAAGUUGGAUGAUGUACAUUUCCGUCGCCUGUCAUCUUCUGGUCACAAUUUUGCUCACAUUAGUAUUCCGAGAUGUCCGAAGAAACGGAUAUUGCCACUACCAGCGUUCACAAUUUUUUCUCAUUGCAUUCUUCUCACUGAUGGUCACUAUUCUGACAGUAACUGCUGUGAUUUUGAUUGGAGUCAAUUUGCCAAAUCUAAACUAUAAUUAUAACGAUAAUGCAACAUUGGGAUACUCUGCAUGGGUCAGUGUUGCAGCUGCUGUUUGCUAUUUCAUCGCCGCUGGAUUAGCUCUCAGUUUUGCAUUUUUGGAAUGCCGUUGCUGUUGAGAAAUCGGAACAAUAACUCGUUUUUUAAUUCGUUUUAUUACUGUUGAUUUGUACAUAAAAUUUGGUAAUAAAGUUUAUAUUGGGA